AAUACACCUCCAUCUUUCAAUUGACAUCCUGUGUCGACUUUGAUUACGCUUUGUGUACGCGUGCCACUAAAGUACCACUUCGAGUGAUAACAGUGUAAUAAUCUACUCAGCUGUAAGCAUGGCCUACUCGAAAACCAUGUUGGACAAACUGGCAGACGCAGCCCCCUACAACAUUUUCUACAACGAAAUCGCCCAAGUGACUAAACCCGAGUCCAACUCUGUGGCCUUCACCGAUUUUUUGUGCCCCAGCCUCGGCCAGCUGAAAUGUUCAUUACACAUCGCUGCGAAAGUUGAUAUCCAGUGGCUAAUCAAACAGUACAAGAUACAGAAAGUCGAGACGAAGCCGCUCACGAUUUUGUACUCGAACAUCGAGGGGAAAUUGAUCGAAAAAUCCAGGUACCCGAACGUCACCCUGCAGUGCCUUUUGGACGACGAAGAGGCCAAAAAACACCGUUUAUACAGCAACCACCACGAAAAAAUUAGCAUCUACGUUUACGACGACGACUCUCUGAGGGUUGUUAUCUCCACGUGCAAUCUGCGCGACCAAUGGGAGCGCUUCAACCACGGCUUCUGGGUGAGCCCUCGUUGUCGACGCCUCAACGACGACGAGCAAUCUGGUGGUGAAUCCCCGACUAAAUUCAAGUCCGACCUUUUAGCUUUCUUAAACCACUACGAUCUUCCGAUUUUGGAACCGUGGAGCAACUAUGUGACGUCAGCCGAUUUUAGUGACGUCACAGCUUUCCUUAUAACGUCAAUUCCGGGUCGCUAUAGCCCGGAAAACCCCGGCAGCCAUAUCCAACAAGUGCAAAAUGUAUUGAAAAAGCACUCGCGUUUACCCCCGAACGAAGAACCCUUCUGGCCUGUGAUUGCGCAGGCGUCGAAUUUGGGCCAGUUCGGGGAGUCCCCGGACGUCUGGUUGCGCUCUUUCUUUUUGAGUCGGUUGGCGUCGCCUUUGGCGCCGCUCAAGAUCGUUUUUCCGACGUGGAAGGAGGUGAUGAAUGGGGUUUUCGACGCCGAGCUCGUGGGGGAGGGGUUGCGGUACAGUCGAGCCGUGCACACUAACCAGCUGUGGCUUCAGGAUUUUUUAUAUCAGUGGAAGGCCAAUGAACUAGGGAGAAGCAAAAUUAUGCCGCAUACGAAGACGUACUGCAGGGUGUCGUCGUGUUCGACGAAGGUGGCGUGGUUUUUGCUUACCACCGGGAACGUGAAUAAGGGGGCGUGGGGGCAGUACUACGCACCCAGAGGGGGUGAGAAGACUGAGGAUAUUUUUGUGAGGAACUGCGAAAUCGGGGUUUUGCUUGUUCCGAAGUUCUUUGGUGAGAAGUACUUCCAGGCCAAAAGUGACGUGGGGGAGAAGGUUUUUCCGUUGCUUUAUGAUUUGCCGCUGAAGAAGUACACAGAGAAGGACUACCCGUGGUCGCUUCGGCCGUCAAAACAUAGAGCCCAAAAAUAACCAAACUCUCUGAUUUAGUAACUCUUACACUUAUAUUCAAAAAUAUAUAUCUCAAGAGUU